AUGGAUAUCGAAGAUAUCGUCGGAAGAGGUCCGGUGGCGAAUCGAGAUGCGAAGGACAUUAAAAUACGAACUCGCAAGCAGCUUCCAAAGGCAGCCGAAGAAGCAGCAAACGUGGAUUCCAUGGUACCAGGAGUCGGUCAGAAAGUGUGGGUCCGUACUUGGGGAUGCUCUCACAACACAUCAGAUUCUGAAUACAUGGCUGGUCUUCUUCACAAAGCUGGAUAUGAUGUGCUGAAAGAAGGCGAGAAUGCCGAUGUAUGGGUGUUAAAUAGUUGCACUGUGAAGACGCCAUCCGAACAACAGGCCAAUAAUUUGGUUGUGCAGGGGCAGGAACAAGGGAAAAAGAUCAUUAUGGCUGGGUGUGUGUCACAGGCGGCACCAUCAGAACCGUGGCUUCAGAAUGUGUCGAUUGUCGGAGUGAAACAGAUUGAUCGAAUUGUUGAAGUCGUUGAAGAGACUCUCAAGGGGAAUAAGGUCCGCCUCCUCACUCGAAACCGUCCGGACGCAUUGCUCAGUCUUCCAAAAAUGCGAAAAAACGAGUUAAUCGAAGUGCUCUCCAUCUCCACAGGAUGUCUGAACAACUGCACCUACUGUAAGACAAAAAUGGCACGUGGCGACCUAGUUAGCUAUCCAUUGGAGGAUUUGGUGGAGCAAGCGAGAGCCGCGUUCCAUGACGAAGGUGUCAAAGAGCUGUGGUUGACGUCGGAAGACUUGGGAGCUUGGGGAAGAGAUAUCAAUUUGGUGUUGCCCGAUUUGUUGAACGCUCUGGUCAAAGUGAUUCCCGAUGGGUGUAUGAUGAGAUUGGGGAUGACGAAUCCACCGUAUAUUUUAGAUCAUUUGGAGGAAAUCGCCGAGAUUCUGAACAAUCCGAAAGUCUAUGCCUUCCUGCACAUUCCAGUGCAAAGUGCUAGCGACGCGGUGCUGACGGACAUGAAGAGAGAGUAUUCGAGACGACAUUUUGAGCAAAUCGCCGAUUAUAUGAUUGAGAACGUACCGAACAUCUACAUUGCGACCGAUAUGAUCCUAGCGUUCCCCACAGAAACAUUGGAGGAUUUCGAGGAAAGUAUGGAACUCGUCAGAAAAUACAAAUUCCCUUCUCUGUUCAUCAAUCAGUACUAUCCACGAUCGGGCACACCCGCAGCGCGUCUCAAGAAAAUUGAUACGGUGGAAGCGAGAAAACGGACGGCCGCCAUGUCGGAAUUGUUCAGAUCGUACACACGAUUCACUGAGGAUCGCAUUGGAGAGAUUCAUAAUGUUCUUGUCACGGAAAUUGCGGCAGACAAAAUCCACGGAGUCGGUCACAACAAGAGCUACGAGCAGAUCCUUGUCCCGCUGGAACACUGCAAAAUGGGCGAAUGGAUUGAAGUCCGUAUCACUUCUGUCACCAAGUUCAGUAUGAUCUCCACCCCGACAUCCCUUCCCCGCGAUGACGUAAAUUUCCUUCCCUGGAAGAACUCCCCAUACUGGAUGUUCUUCUACCCAAUGACUCUCUUCAUGCUCGUUCUCUUCUCUCUUUACUACUACGAUCGCUUCGUCUCGCCCGGUUUCCUGGAGACAUGGCUUCCGUUUUUGGUCAAUUCGGAUACCGACGAUUUCCACCAUGAAUAA